GGUUAAGCUACUGUAAUAUUGCCCAAGGCGCAUCUAACGUCUUUCAAGAUGCUGUUAAUAUUUCUGAGGUAUUGCUGCAGCUCUUCGUCCACCCGCUAUCUGACCGAGCACAUCCAAUUAUCGUUGCUCUGCCUAUUCCAUUGUUUUUGGCAUGACAAAUCAGUUUAAUUUUGCCAACUUUGCUACGGUUGGCCGUCAUGUCUCAGAUAAAUAACAACUCUACAAUAUAACCUAAAUAUGCUACACGUCAUCUUUUUGGGGCAAAGUUUUAUCAGAUACAUAAAUUAUUUGCCACAUCCGUACAUAUUUGCAAAGCUACUGUGAAGUGUAAAAAAAGCCAUGACGAAAGAAUAUGCUUUAAAAGCAUUAAUUUUAGUGGGAGGGUAUGGAACUAGAUUGCGACCCUUAACAUUAACAUGCCCCAAGCCUUUAGUGGAGUUUGCCAAUAAGCCUAUAUUGUUACACCAAAUUGAGGCUUUGGUAGCAGCUGGAGUUACUGAAGUUAUUUUAGCAGUAUCUUAUCGUGCUGAGCAAAUGGAAAAGAUAAUUACAAGUGAAGCAAAAAAAUUGGGAAUUGAAGUUGUGUUUUCUCAUGAAACCGAACCGCUAGGUACAGCUGGACCAAUUGCUUUAGCUGCUCAGCAUCUAAAGGAAAGCAAUAGUCCAUUUUUUGUACUGAAUUCAGAUAUAAUUUGUGACUUUCCAUUUAAAGAAUUAUUAGAUUUUCACAAUUCGCAUGGAAAGGAAGGUACUAUUGUGGUCACAAAGGUAGAAGAGCCUUCGAAAUAUGGGGUUGUAGUUUAUGAAAGAGAUGGAUGCAUCAAAAAUUUUGUUGAAAAACCUCAAGAAUUUAUUUCCAACAAAAUUAAUGCAGGAAUUUAUAUUUUAAAUCCAGCCAUUCUAAAACGAAUAGAAGUUCGUCCAACUUCUAUAGAGAAGGAGGUGUUUCCUGGAAUGGCUUUUGAUAAACAGUUAUUUGCUUUUGAACUGCAAGGAUUUUGGAUGGACAUUGGACAGCCAAAAGAUUUUUUGACUGGAACAUGUUUAUAUCUUAAACAUCUUCGAAGUACAGAGUCUAAAAAACUAAGUGAAGGACCCGCCAUAUUAGGUAAUGUGCUAAUUGACCCUUCAGCUAAAAUAGGAGUGAAUUGUCGCAUUGGACCAAAUGUUGUCAUAGGAGCUCGUGUUGUUAUUGAGGAUGGGGUGUGUAUCAAAAGAUCCACUAUACUCCAUGAUACAAUAAUCCAUUCUAACUCAUGGUUGGAAAAUUGUAUCAUUGGAUGGAAAUGUUCUAUAGGUCAGUGGGUGAGAAUGGAAGGUUUGACUAUUUUGGGAGAAGAUGUAAUUGUUAAAGAUGAAUUAUAUGUGAAUGGGGGACAAGUUUUACCUCACAAAAAUAUUGCCACUUCGGUACUUGAGCCACAAAUAGUUAUGUAG